AUGGUCAACUCCUGCUGUGACUCUGUCUGCUCUGAGGAGGGCUGUGGCCAAGGCUGCUGCCAGCCCACCUGUUGUAGGACCACCUGUUGUCGCCCCAGCUGCUGUGUGUCCAGCUGCUGCUGCCCUAGCUGCUGUAUGUCCAGCUGCUGCAGACCCCAACGCUGCCAGUCUAUCUGCUGCCAGCCCAGCUGCUGUCGUCCCAGCUGCUACAGGCCCUCUUGCUGCAUCUCCAGCUGCUGCCGCCCCUGCUGUAGCAGUUCCAGCUGCUGCCAGCCCAGCUGUUGCAUUUCUAGCUGCUGCCGCCCCAGCUGUUGUGUGUCCAGCUGCUGUAGACCCAGCUGCUGCCGCCCCAGCUGCUGUGUGUCCAGCUGCUGCAGACCCAGCUGCUGCCGCCCCAGCUGCUGUGUGUCCAGCUGCUGCAGGCCCCAGUGCUGUCAGUCUGUGUGUUGCCAGCCCACCUGCUGUCGCCCCAGCUGCUGCAUUUCUAGCUGCUGCAGGCCCAGCUGCUGUGUGUCCAUCUGCUGCAGGCCCCAGUGCUGCAUCUCCAGCUGCUGCCGCCCCAGCUGUUGCCAGACCACCUGCUGCCGCCCAGCAUGUUCUAGUGGCUCUUGUUGCUAA